CCCAAACCCUAAAUUUCAUUUUCUAAAAAUCUUUUACAUUUCAAUUUUUCAGCUCCCUCUUUUGAGAAAGAAAUCCAUUAGAUCCCUUCGAUUCUUCAUUUCAAUCCUUCAAAUUCCACUUCUCUAUCCUUCCAUGGCGUCUCGUGGUAAUAAGCGGCCUUCUAUCACUAAUGGCGACGACAAUUUAGGCAUCCUGUCUAGGGUUUCUCGUUCCGUCUCCGAUUCCCAAAUCGUCCGGCGAGCAAAGAGCACAGCUUCUGACGCUGCCUUCGUUUCCAAAAAACUCCUCCGCAGCACCGGCAAAGCUGCAUGGAUUGCUGGCACAACUUUUCUCAUUUUGGUGGUGCCACUCAUCAUUGAGAUGGAUCGUGAACAGCAGUUCAAUGAGCUCGAGAUGCAGCAGGCGAGUCUACUUGGUACUCCAGCCACCGCUGGUUCUAAAUGAUUUCCUUGAUGAUGGGUUCAGGUUAAGGCUACUCGAUGAUGUUGUUGCUGUUUAGGGUUUUAUGGAUUUUGGAUAGAAUUUGAUUUUGGAAUGUCAAUGGCGUACAAUGCCGUACCUCUGUUCCUUUGUUUGUGACUACCGAUUAAGUCAAAUGCGAUAUUGCUCUAGUUUAGAAAUUGAGCCUUUAGAGAGUUAGAGUUGUGUUGCGAAGUUAUAUGAACUGAUUCGGAGUCAAUUGAAAUUUUCUUCUUCUCA